AUGUGCCUGCUGCUUCCCAGAAAGCUGGCCAAGCAUGCCAUGUCUGAGGGCACCAACUUCCGGGACAGCAGUUUAAAAACUGAGAAGAAACGGAAGUGGGGGCUCUCUGCACGGGGGCAGGACUUGCCCCGCGGCCACCAGCUCCUCUACUACUCUCUUACGCUCUUUCCCGUGCAACGUGCAGCCGGCAGCAGCGAAAAGCCUCCCCCCCCACCCCCACCCCCGGAACGGAGUGCUAGCCAGGCACCGGGCAGCAGCCGCAGCAGCAGCAUAAGAAGGAAGAAGCCGGUAACCUGGAGUCCAACCCUCCCCAGAAUCAACACAUACCUACGCGUGCACGCUCACACACACACACACACACACACACACACAACCCACGGAGUCCCUCCUUCUCAGUCUGGAGAGUGCAAAGUGGGGCAGAAAUGGCGAAAGAGGACCUAUUCUCUUCUGACUAUCACUCUCAGCCAUUUAAGCAAACAAAAUGGAUCUUCCAGUGAUGUGGGGGAAAGAAGCUUAUUCUCCAAAGUUGGAAAGAGAAAUGAAGACCCUAUUUGUGGCUGUAGAAGAGGAAGAGAGCCCAGCAAGGAAACUACCAGCAGAUGCCAAAGAAUUCAGCACCAAAUGACCAGCUGGUACUCAGAAAGAAGCCAUAACCUGUGGCCAGGUCCAUACUCAAAGUCUUAUCAGCAUGGUGAAGUUUGUGUUCUGCUAGCAUCACCCUUAGGAACUCAGGAUCACAUCCAUGCCAUGGAGAGUCAUCACAGCAAGACUUUGUGCAUGCCCUUCUCAGCAGAACAGAAGCAGUGUUCCCAGGAAGAACUCCUACCAUACUAUAAAGAGUAAAUUAGGUAGUUCUCUGCAUUCUCCUCCCUGUGUCUAAUGGCUGCUUCAAA